AUGGGUAUGAGUAUGGGAGGUUAUGGGUAUGGUAUGGGUAUGAGUAUGGGUGGUUAUGGGUAUAGGCGAGUGUGUGCGGAGAAUCUAACGAAUGAGUUUGCAUUCAAACGUUCGACGGGAUUUUUCACAGCGAAGACAUGUAAGGAUGAAUUCGAUAGAAUAAUCUGCAGCGGUCACCCAGAGCAUUUUAUCAGGCAGAAGGGUGAGAAGUACUCCCAGAAGGAACUGAUCAAGGCAUGGAUUGUGUAUCUGCAGAAACAGGUGAAAUUGGAGUACGCUCGACAAACCGAGAUGCUGUUGAUAAAAAUGCGCGAGAAGGCAGCGAUCUUCAAUCGGAUAUUUUCGGAGGAUAAUCCGUUGACGGAUGAGGAGAUAGCGAAGAGGUUGGAGGAGGCGAGGCUGGAGGAUAGUAAGCGAGAUCCAGAGGUAGUCAAGAGGGAGGUGGAGGCUGGGAUGGAGAAAAUUGCGGAAUUACGGGCAUUGCAUGAGGAAGAGCCAGAGAAGUAUCCCCCGCUGCGUAUCGUGAUACCCCCUUCACGGCCUGUGCAACCGUCCGAAUCGAGUCCUUCUGCAGCGCCUUUCUCACCCAUAAAACCCCUCUUCGAUGGGCUGAACUGGGACAAAGGUCAAGGGUCAUCUGGGGACGCGAAGGCGGCUGAGACCAGUGAGCCUAAGAGCAGUGGUGGUGACCUGAAAAGCCCGAAAAACGUGGAAACCGCGCAAUCCGAGGUACUGGAGGAACCACAGGUACCUCAGGUGCCUGGUGCCGAAGCUGGGACAUCUGGAACCGGAGCGGACGGUGAGAAACUAGGGGAGGAGGAGGAGAACGAGGCGACAGAGAAAGCGGAGAGUGUAGGCGAAUCGGAGAGAGCGCAGACAGUAGUGGCAGCUGCUGUUGCUACAUCCGGACAAUCGGGAACGCCAGAGGCCUCCGGGACACCAAGCACCCGAACUAGUGGGGGCGAUGGCGGUGGUAUGAGCCUGAGGUCAGCAUUGAUGAGUCCGAAGAAAUUGGUAAGAGAGGCUGAAAUUGAUGAGAAUCCGGAUGGCAUUGGCCAGUCGGGUGGCACGAUGGAGGUGACGGAGGAGGUCAAAGGUCAGCCGAGUGACAGAGGGCAAAGGUCAGAGGUCAAGGAAGAUGAGCCGGUCACGUCAUCCGAUGGAGCUGUUGGGGUGGUGUCUAGUAUAAAAAAGGAGCAGAAAUCAGAUGCAGCAGGUGAGAAGGGUUCGGUGGAAGAUCGUGGCGUGGCAAUUGCAGACUCGACUGUUCAGGAGGGAAAGACUGCCACAAACUCUGUGGAGAAAAUACCCGCGGGUUCGCCACGAGCGUUAACGGAAGGACAAGAGAAGUCGACGGGUGAGGUGCAGAUGGCUAGAGUGAAACUGGAAGCUGAGGACGUGGAGGGGGGCUCGAUGGAGGGGGAUGGGAUUGGAAGGGGGGAUGAGAUAUCGAGUAAUGAGACUAAGACUGAGCCAACAGCGCAGGAAACGACAACGAGGUCGGGUAGAAGCGUGGGCGAGGGCAGGGGAGGUGAUGAGAGGCAUACGCAGGCAGCGGGUGAGAGGAGACAGCUGAGGAAUCAGAACAGGAGUGAGGCAUCGACAAGUGCAGUGGGUCGUUCGGGCAAUAGGGCUGUGCGGAUGUCUCCGAGAAAGGCAUCCGCUGAUAUUGGACUGAAAGGCGAUUCGGAUCAGUCGAAAGGGCAGGUGCAUACGCCCGAAUUGAGAAGUCGAAAGAGUUCGGCAAGCGGAGGGCCAAGCGCCGAGACUGGAGAUGGGCCUCCAUCGCAGUCGUUGAGAAGCAGGCGGGGGGCGGAGAAAACCGACGACGGGGAGGAGCCAGUGGUGACGAGACGUCGAUCAGAGCGUCGUCGUGUAAACGAGUCGUCCGUAACGCCCUUAAGAUUGAGCGAAUUGGCGCCGCCCACAAGGCGGAAACGCACGCAUGACGGUGAUGAGAGCGCGUCAGUGGGCGGAGUUAGCGGGCAGGAUUCAGAAGGA